GCCAUGGAAAGAGGGACUUUGCUGGCGCCCCGCAUGUAGCAGACUCGCAGGAUGUGUUUGACCUGGUGUGUGGGUCGCCAACCCUGAAGGAGGCCCAUGCCAAGAAGGCGAACCCUCAGCUCGCGAACAUGUUCAACGGCUGCGCAGGCCUCUGUCUCCAGGAUGAUGACCUAGAAGGUGCACGAGCGCAAGGGAAGAAGAGGGCCCCGCAAGGGGCAGCCGCCUGCCAUACCACG